AGACAGCUCCUAUUGUACCACUUCUAGUGCGCUAGGGUUACAAUUCUGCGCGGUUUGGGACGGAACCGCCGGGAGAGUCGAAGGCGCAAAACUAGCCGCGAUAUAAAAGCUGGGCUAAUCCGAGCUAAGAGUCAAAUACAGUCACAAUGGACUGGAGUCAGAACUGGCUGAACUCCCCGGUGGUCCGGGAUUCCGAAGUGACUCGAGCCGCGCGGAGGAAAAGCUCUCACAAGAAGGUUGCGUUUCCUCUCGCUCAGGAUGCAUCUCCUUCAGCUGCUAUCAGUGACGGCGCGACCCCGGCGCGACCCCUGCUUCGUCACACCCCCGGCUCUCUCCUCAAACACACGUUCACCCCGAAAAGCGCCCUGAAGCACCCCGAAGUGUCCGCCAUCUUGGGCACAGGAAGCAGGACGCCUCGCUUCGUCCACACGCCGCGUCCCAAAGGCAGCCUUAGCAUGAACCUGGGCGACAGCGACUGGACAAACAGUCUCUCGUCUCCUCUGUCCGUUCUGGGAGACGGAAGCUUCACAGAUGAGAUGAACAUGAGUGCUGUUAUGCUGAAGGAGGAUGAUCCAGGAGAGGCUGCAUCAGUCAGUCUGUUCCCGGACUUCCUGCAGUCGUAUCUGCGUCACACCUCCACCGCUGUGUUUCACCUGCUGGACGACUAUGAGGCCAUUUGUCAGGAGAAGGUGAACACGCUGCAGAAGCUGGUCCUGCUCUCAUCCUCUGCUCAGCAGAAAUCCUCUAAAACAGCCAGCAUCACUUGGCUUCUGCAACAGGAGACCGUCACCUGGAGACUCAUCAACUCUCUGUACAGGGACAGGAUUCAGACAGCCAUGGAGGAUGGUUUGAUGAUGGACAUAACUUCUCCCAGUGAAAGUGAGAAGUUUAUAAUGGAGCAGUUCUUUCAAAGGGACAGCAUGGUUCGACAAAGCCAGUUGGUAGUAGACUGGCUCGAAAGCAUCGCCAAGGACGAGAUUGGCGAUUUCUCAGAUAAUAUUGAAUACUACGCCAAAUCUGUGUACUGGGAGAACACGCUACACACCCUGAAGCUGAGGAGAGAUCAGUCAAGCACGUCAUUCAGCAGACCCCUGGUGACCGAGCUUGACCCCGACGCCCCCAUCAGACAGAAACGCCCACUGGCCGACCUGGACCGGGAGGAUGACACACGUCUCCUCAGAUACAUCUACACGCUCAUCCGCGCCGGCAUGACCGACGAGGCUCAGAGACUGUGUAAGAGAUGUGGUCAGGCCUGGCGCGCCGCCACUCUGGAAGGCUGGAAACUUUAUCAUGACCCCAAUAACAGUGACGGUGGGGUGGAACUGCAGCCAGUGGAGGGGAAUCCUCAGAGGUGUGUGUGGAAGGUGUGCUGUUGGAGGAUGGCUGAGGAGGAACAGUUCAACAGGUAUGAGAGAGCCAUCUAUGCUGUUCUGAGUGGAAAUCUUCGACAGCUGUUGCCAGUGUGCGAGUCAUGGGAGGAUACGGUGUGGGCGUAUUUCCGCGUGCUAGUCGACUCGUUGCUAGAGCAGGAGCUGAGAUCCUCAGGGCUGAGUCGUGAGGAGCUCGAGGAACUGCCCAGAGAAUACCUGGAGGCCAGUUGGACGAUGGAAAAGGUCUUUGAGGAGCUGCAAGCAACCGAGUCGAAGAGAGUUCUGGAAGCAACCAAGGAGCACUACCACAUUAUUCAGAAGUUCAUCAUCCUCGGAGACUUGGAUGGUCUUUUGGAAGAGUUUGGUGAUUGGUUAGGAAGGACACCAUCAUUACCGGCUCAUCUCCUGCGCUUCAUGACUCACCUGGUGCUCUUCUAUCGCAGUCUGGGCAUGCAGCUGAAGGAGGAGGUGUGUGUGGACGUGCUGAAAGCCUACAUCUCUCUGCUGGUGAAGGAGAAGCAGGUGGAGCUCAUAGCGCACUACGUCAGUCACCUGCCUGUGGACAUGAGCGUGUCUCAGUACGCACGCUUCCUGGAGGAAGUGACCGAGACGGAACAGCGCCGACGCUGCCUGGAGCUCGCGCGACAAGCUGGUCUGGACGUCUCUGCGGUCACGAAGACGGUGGUGGAGACGGUGAGAGAGAGAGACGAAGAGGAGUUCUCACACCAUGACCUCACUCCUGCCCUGGACAUGGGAACUACAGCGGAGGAUCGUCAGAAGAUUGACGUCAUCGAUUGGCUGGUGUUUGACCCCGCCCAGCGAGCCGAGGCUUUGAAGCAGAGCAACGCCAUCAUGAGGAAGUUCCUCGCUUCCAAGAAGCAUGAAGCUGCUAAACUGGUCUUUGCCAAAGUUCCAGAAGAUUCCAUGAGGGAAAUCUACCGGCAGUGGGAGGAGCAGGGAAUGAACACGCCCCUGCCUGCCGAGGAAGACAACGCCAUCCGGGAACAUCUCUGUGUCCGAGCCUACCUGGAAGCUCAUGAAGCUUUUAAUGAGUGGUUCAGACACAUGAACUCGCCCCCAGUGAAGCCCACCCCGCCCACCCAGGCCAAGUUCACUGAGACCCUCGCAUACGAGAUGAAGGAGCAAGAGUACAUGACAAAAUAUGAGAACUGGCAGGGGCAGCUGGAUGUUCUGACUGUGGAUGUGAAGGAGAGGAUCUACAACGUGCUUCUGUUUGUGGAUGGAGGCUGGAUGGUGGAUGUCCGAGAGGAUGGAGAGGUGGACUCAGAGCGCUCUAUCCAGAUGGCUCUGCUCCGGCGCUUGUGUUUGCCCAUGAUGACGUUCCUGCUGCUGACGGUGCUGCAGAGAACCGAGCGUCACCAGGAGAGUCUCCGCCUCGCUGACAUCAUCGCCUCUGACCAGCACCGACUCUACGAGGUGUUCUCUAAAGACGAGCUGCAGAAGUUCCUUCAGAAGAUCAGGGAGUCGUCUCUGCUGUUGCUGGAUAAAGGGUUCGAUUCUCUCGGUUAUGAGAUUCAGUCCUGAACCAAAUAAUCAUCUACUGUUCCUUCUGUUUUCUAUUUUGUAUUGAAUAAAGGUGUGUGAACCUCA